AGAAGGACUUUCAUUCUUAAAUUCCGCCCAGUUCCAGACCCGGAAGUGGCUCCUGCGCGCGACCGCGUCUCCGGGAAUAGAUUUAUUAUCAGGAAAACAUCCUUCAGUCUGAAAUGAGGAUCUGAUACCAUCAUCAUCAUCAUCAUCAUCAUCAUCAUCUUCAUCAUCCUCAUCAGGGGACAUGGACCAGGGUGUGAGGAAGGAGUUUGAGUGUGUGGAACUCGGGGAUCUGCAGCUGAAAGACGAGUGUAGAGAGAAAUCUCCACGGCGAGUCAUUCACUUCUCCAGCGGGGAGACAAUGGAGGAAUACAGCACCGAGGACGAGGAAGACCACACACACACACGGCCUGAACAAAAUGACCUUUUGUCUUCAGUAGAUGCGUCGACGCUGACGUGGGGUCCGUACGUCUCAUUACAGAUGUGGAGAGCCGCUAGCAACACGCUGUCAGCGUGUGAUUAUAUGGGUGAGAGAGUGGCCUCGUUGUUCGGCAUCACGUCGCCCAAAUAUCAGUACGCCAUCGACGAGUACAACAGAACCAACAAACAGAUAAAGAAUGAAGGUAUGGACUCUCCUGUCUCUGGAGAGGCCGAGUCACAUUUUGAGGAGAAACAAAAGGAGGAGAUCCAGGAGCAGAAUGUUGAUAAGACUACAGUUGAUGACACUGAGAACCUCAUUGCUGAGACUCUUUCUGAACCUGAAAACUGGAACACUGAGAUUAUUCCUGAACCUGGGAACCUCGACACUGAGACUUCUUCUAAACCUGAGAACCUCAACGCUAAGUCUCCUCCUAAACCCGGGAACCUCCACACUGGGUCUUCUUCUGAACCUGAGAACCCUACCACUGAUUUUCCUCCUGACCCUGAGAAUCUCAAUCCUGAGUCUCCUCCUGAACCUGAGAUCCUCAAGGCAAAGUCUCCUUCUGAACCCAAGAACCUCGACUCUGUGAUGACUCCUGAACCUGAGAACCUCAAGGCAAAGUCUCCUUCUGAACCCAAGAACCUCGACUCUGUGAUGACUCCUGAACCUGAGAACCUAGAUGUAUAGGAUCGCCCUCAGUUACAGCACUGAGUUCUCCACACGGAGUUUCCUCCUCCUACAGCAGAAGUUCUGGAUCUAAAGUCUAAACCAAACGUUUUAUUUAACUUAAACCUCAUACUGGAGCAGAUCUCACUGUUCCUGCUCUGUAAUACACUGCACUGAAAUACUGAACUACUGAUGGACUGAUGUUCUUUAUAUUUAUUAGAUUGUUAUUUAUGGACUAAUUGUAAAUGUCAUAAAAAAUCUGAAAGCUUGAA